ACGAAGGGUCUCCCGAUUUUACUAUAGCCGGAGACAGAGUCCACGGCCCAGUUGACAAACCCUUGAAAUCUCAAGAAAAUUUGAGCCAUGAAAAACCCGAGAUUGUAUAUAACACCACUGACGAACCUCCCGAAAAGUAUGAUGUAAACUCCAUCGAAGUUAGAAAGAUUUCAAGUGUUUUUCGGGGGAGGUCAUUAAUAGAAGAUCUGAAACUUCUACUAAAAUAUCAGAAGUAUAGCGAUCUGGAAAUAAUAUGUAACGAUAAUGUUGUUCUCUACGGAUGUAAAGCUUUUCUUGCCAUCCGUUCGGAAACCUGGGAACAGCUUCUUUUCAAUAAAGAUAAUGCCUUAUCCGAGAAUAAGAUUUCGUUUUCAAAGAUUAACUCAUCCGCCAUGAAGAACAUUCUUGAAUACAUUCAUAUGGGAGGAUUAUCGGAAAAGUCACUAACGGUUGAAAAUGCGAUCGAGACAUUUGCUGCCGCUGAAUACUUUCAACUUGAUGACCUACUGAAGAAUCACGUCAAUAAAUUUUUGGAUGAAAUUUGCAACGACGAUACAUCUGAUAACAAUAACGAGUCUCCUGAACUGUUAUCAAAAGUCGUUAAAAUGGAAUUCUCCUUCGCUGAAAGUAAACUUAUGGACAUGCUGAUUGAUUCAGUGUCUAGGAUCCCUCUGGAUAAUUUGGAUUUUGGCAGAUUACCCUUUGAAGCAUUUCAAGUUCUACUCACAAAAACUUGCAACUAUAAUAAACUGUUUGCAUCCAGUGAAUAUUCAGUAUUGCGCUAUUCUAUUUUACUGUCUGCUAAGGAAGUGUCAAACGAAUCCUUUUCUAUCUUAAAAGAAAGGUUACCAACAUGGAAUGAGCUUUGCAAUAACGGGUUUAUUCCGAUAAAUAAAGAUUUUAAAUUCGCGGACGACGUCUCAAGAAUCUCUAAAAACUUGGAGCCAUUGGUUGACAUGAUCGACCUUACCUGCAUUGACGGAAAAGUCUUGGCAGAUUUAAUUGAACCAUUAAAUAUAAUUUCAAGUGAUAAAUUAAUGAGCGCCUACAAAGUUCAUCUAAGAGGAAGCAUAUUACCAAAAUUUCGUGGAAUACAAGAUUCUCAAAUACUUGCUUCAAAAGACGUUCGAUGGGAUAUACACGAAUGUGAUCAAAAAAUCCAUCUAGAUAACGAUGGACAUGUAGCAUCUAUUAACUCUGAUAUAAGUUACAUUCAAAGGGCAAAAACAAAUUACGUGUUAGUCAGCGGAAUUCACGAAUGUAAAUUCGUAAUUGAAAAACUAGACAAGAGCGUAUGGAUUGGAGUUUGCUCUGAAUAUUGUAGACUAUCGGAGAACAAUGAAUGGACUUUGGGAUCAGACGGAUUUUGUCACCAUAAUGAUGACAGCAUUAAGUAUUUCUCAAAAGAAAUUGUAGAGGGAACCAAGAUUACUGUGCAUGUGGAUAUGGAUAAGAGAACAUGCGCAUUUUCCAUUAAUGGAAAGAAGCAUUCCCCAGUUACUUCAUGGACAGAUUUCCCAUCAAGGCUUCGCUUCGUUGCUUUGUUGCAUGGAUCAAGUCAAUUACUCAUAUUCUGCCCCCGAAUCAGUAUAAUCUCCCUUCUAUGCAAAUGUUUCCCGGUCGCGGAAGAUUUCUACUUCAAAAAGAAGUUCAUGUCAUCGAUGUCCGACCUGAGGGAUUGGGCAUUUGGAAGUAAAAGCGAUGUUAAUGAAUCCAAGAAAAGUUUGGUUUAG